UGAUCACUGUGGUGUUUUGCUUUUCCGAUUGCCAUGGAGGGAUUCAGAUUCUUGGAAGAAUGAGCUCCGUAAAUAAAAUAAAGCUUAACGAAAACAACAAGAUGCACUCUUUUGGGAACUGGGAGCGGUGCCGGAAUCUGGGAGAGGGCGGAUUCGGCCUAGUGAUCCAUUGGCGAAACCGAACAACGGGCCGUGAAAUUGCCACCAAGCACAUAAAGGAGAUGGGGGCCCUGAGUGCCGAUCAGCAAGUCAAGCUCAGCGAGCGUUGGAACAAGGAGCUGAACUGGUCUCGUCAGUUUAAAAACUUUCCCCAUAUUGUGGCUGGCGUGGACAUCGAGGAUCCGGACUUUUUGGAGUACCUGAAUGGCAUGUUUAGUGCCAAGUUGCCUGUUAUUGUGCUGGAAUACUGUAACGGUGGAGACGUGAGGAAGCGUCUGCAGAGCCCGGAGAAUGCUAAUGGUCUGACGGAGUUCGAGGUGCGGCAGAUACUGGGAGCCCUACGUAAGGCCCUACAUUUUCUGCACUCGCAGUGUGGGAUUUGCCACCGCGAUUUGAAGCCGGACAAUAUAGUAAUCCAACGUGGAGUUGAUGGCAAAAAAAUCUAUAAGCUAACCGAUUUUGGACUCGCCCGAGGAACUCCCGACCAGACCAUGGUGCAGAGCGUGGUGGGCACCCGACAUUACUAUGCCCCAGAAGUGGUGGAAAAUGGUUUUUACAACUCGACCGUGGAUUUAUGGUCCUUCGGAGUAAUUGCCUAUGAGCUGGUCACUGGUGAGCUGCCCUUCAUCCCCCAUCAAACCCUUAAAAACAUUAUACUCAAUCUGAUAAAAAAGCCCGCCAAAUGCAUUGCUAUCACAGAGGAUCCGGAGGAUAACACUCGUUUCGUGAAUCAGUUUGAACUGCCACAGACGCACCAUCUGUCGCGGCCCUGGGCUGCUCAGUUCACCAAAUGGCUGGCAAGCCCGUUAAACUCAAACUACAAGGAACGCGGUCAACUAGCAGCUAAUAACGUUCCAGUCGUCUUCGCUGACCUGGACAAAAUACUCAAUAUGAAUGUGCUAACUAUUUUUGCUGUUAACAACUGCGAACGACUUGAGUAUGCGGUCUCUGCGGAGAUGACUAUGAAGGAUCUAAUUGCGUUGAUUGUCCUGGACACUGGAAUGGACGAAAAGGAACUGUACUUCGUGCUGCCCACUUCCCAUCCGCACAAAACGAUUACGCCUAAAAGUACGCCCUUGCAGCUGUAUGUGGAGGAGUGGAGUGACACAAGCAAAGAUUCACGAAAGUGGACUAAGCGCAGCAAUCCACCUGUGAUGUUGUACAUCUUUCAGGUCAAGAAAGAGUGUGACUACAAAAUACCUGAACCCAUUCUAUCAAUUCUUUCUCGAAAGUUUAUCGCUAACAAAUUUAAGACGAAGGAAAGAUGGCUGCAAAAACGUGUUGUCUUGGAUAUGCUCUACGUGCUAACCAAAGAGCAAGCAAGAUACGAAAUGCUCGUGUCAGGAAUAAACGAGCGAGCGUUGUCGUUGGAAGACGAAAUGAUGGAAAACUCGUUUAUAGACAGCAUCGAUAAGCAGCGUAUCAUAAUCUCCUUUGCCUAUGAUCAGCUAACAAGCUUGCUAAAAGAAGCCCAAGCAAAGAUUCCGUCCCGCCAGCUUAUCAGCAGUGCACAGUGGGAGAAGCUUAACCGCAAUUAUAAUUUCAUUAUACAAAGCGCAAAAUCAAUUAGGUCUUUCUUGGAAGCCUGCUUGCGGGAAGCCAAGGACAUGGUUAAAACCACCAAUCAACUACGGAAAGAAGUUUGCGAGAAAGACCUAUUCGAUUGCGCUCGAUUUUAUAAGAAAUAUCUCUGCAAUGGUGCGAUAAUUUCGCCAUCAGAGUUAAAUAAUGACGCCGAGGAAUUCGCAAAAUCUCGUUUCAAGUUAUAUAACGAGGGCGAGGCUAGACAUCUGCCCAAGUCUAUCGAUCACAUGCAUUACUUAUAUUUUAAGACCAAGGAGUCCAUCCCGGUCCUUCUACAACAAUUUUGCGACAUCAAGAAGGAGAUAUUUCAGAUUAACUUGCAGAUGUUGAUGUCAGCCUCAAGCACACCACCUCCGAAGCUUGAGCUAAGCGCAGCGAUGGACCGCCUAGCUAUAAGCUCUGGCUCACCCAGCUCGGAUCCAUUUGACUCUCUACGCACGAUAAACGCUAUCGAAGAGGCAGAAAGGAUUAACAACAUACUUGUUAAUGAAAUGAAAAUUGAUCACUAUUAGUGUGCAUUCUGGUCGACCAUACAUUUUAAUUUGAUUUCAAUCAAACCGCAUAAAUAUUUCUCCAUUCGAAAUCAUACAAAUGUGUAUUUCGAUUUUUUGUUAUUGCCCGCUUAUCCAAUUAAUUAGCUUUAUUAGUUUCAUAGAAUCUUUAAUGUUCUCAUUUGGAAACGUUUUUUUUUUUGUUUAGAAAUAUGUGUUACGAACAUUGAAAUAAAUGACAAACCUUAUUUUUU